CCGUGACAGGAUAUGCGCACGUCGAUAGAAUGCUUGCAAUAGUGGUCGCCAGGUUGGAUGGUUAGAAACGUUGCUGCUAAACGACGUGGUUGGGGUGCUGGUUUUGCGUGUUGUUUUUCGUAUAUGGCUACGACUCUACAGAUUGCCGUCGUCUUCUUGGCGCUGUUUCUUGAACUUUUCGAUGCGCUCCUUGAGCCCCUUCAUGUACUCGUCGGCAUCGAUAUCGGCCCACGGGCGGGGAAAGUCGACAUCCGCGGGGAGAUUGCCUUGACCGGGUUGGGCUUGGACACCAACCAAAAGCGCCAGGCCGAGAACGAGAACCUUCAACAUGCUGCUGCCUCGUGUGCUGGAAUGACGACGAUUUCGGAAUGAAAAGACAAAGUGUUUGUGGGAAACCUAAUAUUGG